AUGGCGUCAACCGAGAUAGCGAGGCAAGCGGGUGAAGGUGCUCGUUCUGUCCCUCUGGCAGGCCAUGUGGGCUUUGACAGCAUGCCCGACCAGCUGGUCAACAAGUCUGUCAACCACGGAUUCUGCUUUAACAUCCUCUGUGUUGGUGAGACGGGUCUGGGGAAGUCCACCCUUAUGGACACGUUGUUCAACACCAAGUUUGAGGGUGAGCCCACUCAGCACAACCAGCCGGGAGUCACACUCAAGUCCAACACCUAUGAGCUCCAGGAGAGUAACGUGCGCCUCAAACUCACUGUCGUCAACACCGUCGGCUUCGGGGACCAGAUCAACAAAGAAGACAGCUACAAGUCUAUUGUGGAGUUCAUUGAUGCCCAGUUUGAAGCAUAUCUACAGGAGGAGCUGAAAAUCAAACGCACGCUACACAGCUACCACGACACUCGCAUCCAUGCAUGUCUGUACUUCAUCGCUCCCACAGGACACUCACUCAAAUCCCUGGACUUGGUGACCAUGAAGAAACUUGACAGCAAGGUCAAUAUUAUUCCAAUCAUUGCCAAGUCAGACGCCAUCUCCAAGAGCGAGCUGGCCAAGUUCAAAAUCAAAAUCACCAGUGAGCUGGUGAGCAACGGAGUGCAGAUCUACCAGUUCCCCACUGAUGACGAGUCCGUGGCAGAGAUCAACUCCACCAUGAAUAGCCAUUUGCCAUUCGCCGUGGUGGGGAGCACAGAGGAAGUAAAGAUCGGGAACAAGAUGGUGAAGGCCCGGCAGUACCCCUGGGGAACGGUGCAGGUGGAGAAUGAGAAUCACUGUGACUUUGUCAAACUGCGAGAAAUGCUGAUCAGAGUGAACAUGGAGGACCUGCGAGAGCAGACUCACACACGUCAUUAUGAGCUCUACCGCCGCUGCAAACUGGAGGAGAUGGGCUUUAAGGACACAGACCCUGACAGCAAGCCCUUCAGUCUUCAGGAGACUUAUGAAGCUAAGAGGAACGAGUUCAUGGGUGAGCUGCAGAAGAAAGAAGAAGAAAUGAGGCAAAUGUUCGUCCAAAGAGUCAAAGAGAAGGAGGCUGAGCUCAAAGAGGCAGAGAAAGAGUUGCACGAGAAGUUUGACCGUUUGAAGAAGCUUCACCAGGACGAGAAAAAGAAAGUGGAGGAGAAGAAGAAGUCUCUGGACGACGAGCUCAACAUGUUCAAACAGAAAAAGACUGCUGCAGAGCUCUUGCAGAACCAAGCGCAGCAGGCAGGGGGCUCCACCACACUCAAGAGGGACAAAGAGAGGAAAAACUGAUGUGACGCCGUGCCUGUUAGAAAAGGAAGAAGACACUUGCACUGAGAAGCUUAGGAUUCCUGUAGAAAAAGUGCUCCCUUGUGGCCAUCCUGCUGUGAAUGAGUUUCCACCCCAUCAUCCUUUACAGUACCCCUUCCCCACCCUCACCCUCACCCCAUAAUUCAACCCUCCACAUGCCCUCCCUGCUCUCUGGAAGACGCUGGGUGUUGCUAGCAGUUUGACAUGACUUUUUCUUUUUGCUGAAUGAUGCUUGUCCUUUAUGUGGUUUGUACAAGCAGUUAUUCAGCUUGUCUUUUUAUACACAUUUGCAAAAAAAAAAUGCAUUCCAUAUUUGUUUUGUAUUCUGUGAUUCUUUGCAUGAUGGAGUGAGCUUUUUAAACAUUAACAUACAUGACUACUGUUGUGAUGGGCAGAAAUGUAUUGAAGCUCAAGUGAAACAUGCAUCAGACUUUGGGCCCCGAGUAUGUUUGUGUGGUCAGUUGUAUCAAACUGAUCUAUUUUCAGAUUAAAGCAGUUUCUAAGAAUACCUGCUUACCUUGAGAUUGUAAACAACAACAACCAACAUACUUGUCAUGAAUUAGUCAUUGGCCUCGGGAAGAGCUACUUUGUUAUUAGUGUAAAGUUAUAAUCAUUAAGAUUUCAGUCCUGGUUGAUUUGGCAACGCCAGUGGCUGCCAUGGUAACAGCCAGUGCAGUUUAAUGCUACAGCAAACACUCCUUAACUACUUUGUCAGAAACAACAAAAGAGAAACUGUUUACGGCCAAGAUAAACAAACUCAGAUUAGCCUUUUUCCAUCAUCUCAUAGUCAAUCUGAAUUCAUGCUGCCCCUGGUAAUAUUUUAAACUAAGCAAUCAUUUUUAGCACUAUACGUGGUGAAUACAUUGCUAUUCCUGUGACCUCUUCACAAUAUAAGUCACACACAGUUCACAGUUGAAUGCUUUUAGUUUGAAGAGGCAGCAGUAAAAAUAGAAGUAGCAGUAACUUCAUAUAGUUGUGAUACAGGCUGUAGGAGUGUGAACACUGAGGCUACAAGUGGAUUACAAGCAGCAUUUCCUGCUAAUCUCUUGUUCAUAAAUAGGCAAAAUGAACCCACCUCAGGAAUGGCGGACUCUGCCACUAACAAUGAAAACAAUAUUAUAUACAGGGAUAAAUACAGACUGUAAAUACAUUGAAUGACUAUUGCAGAAGAAUGUAGAACAGAAAUAUGACCAAAAAGAGGAUUUGAUUUCAUUAAAAACUUGAGGAAUACAACUUUAAAGCUUCCACUCAUUAGUACCUCAGCAUAAAUACUAGAUUUAAUGUGUUUUGGUGUUUAUGUCCCUUUGCUGAUGCUGUUUCACUUUAACCUGAUGCAUGAGUAGUUGUGAGCCUAAUCUCUUUACCACUUCUCCCAUACCUCAUUCAUUGUCAUGUGUUAGUGCAUACUUGUCUUAGCUUUCACAUUUGCACUUUUUUUAUACACAAAUGUGAUGUUUUUUGAAUAUAUGUUGUCAGUGCAAUUGUAACUUUCUUUUUUAUUUCACUUCAUAUGAAGGCACAUUUUAAAGUCAAUCAUCAUUAUGUCCUGUGUCCUGCAGGGACCAGUGUUGUUUGUAUCAGUGUUACACAUAAAAGACACAUUAUAUCAAAAGAAAAUAAAGGCCAAUUUUUCACCAAA